AUGCAGCCACACUCAGUCUCCCAGUCGACUGUAACGACGUCAACCUCCUGCCCAACUCCGGCCAGCAGUACUAGCGGGCUCGUGAGAGAUGGAUCCGAUGGCCCAGGGGCGAUCGCCGCGUCAUUUGCUGAUGGAAAGAUCCCUUUCGAGACACUUGGAAGCGACACGAAACGUUUUGCGCAUGACCACCAAAGUAACGAGAAGAGCAUCGAUACGCAGAAAUCAUCCUCUAACGAUAGUAAUGAUCAUGAUCCUAUGGAUAUCGACUUGAAAGAAGGAGCUGGCCUGUCGGAAGAACCAAGUCUAGAGUCUCUCCAGCGAGACGUUGGGGAGGCAAUAGGCCUCUGCAAAUCCACCUACACCUCGACUCUGCCAGUUCCCAAGUUUGAUAUCGUAUCACUUUACGGCCUAGGACCUAUAGCCGCAUCGGUAGCUCGCACGGACCCCAUCACAGGUGAGAAGAUAAAUCGGCUACGGAAGUCUUACGAAGGAAAGAUCAAGGGUUUGGGCCUGGCCGGUAGAAAUAAGCCCGUUAAACAAGAACCGGGUGCCCCUGGCGGACUACGGAAUUUAAUGAUGUGGCCCGACGAAGAAUGGUACAACCAAAAGGUUGCAGGCAAAGAAAUAACGAUCGCGGAGCCGGAUACCGCAUUCUACAAACAGCAGCUCAGAGCUAUGAAAAUGGAGCCAGGCAUCACCCCAAGAAACGAAUAUUGGGAAGACGUACUCGGCCACGAGAAAUCAUCGAAAAAUGCCGCUGAGCAAUUACCGAAAAAACUAGCCACCAGCUCCAUCAAGCAUACUCCCCAGAGCAACGGCACACCUGCCGCCCACGCCUCCUCCACAGCUGUGGCCGAUCCGGGUCGUCCAAAACGAGCCGGCCGGAAGAGAAGCUAUCACGACAGCAGUUUUGUCGGGUAUGGUGAAGGCUUUCCUGACGAUGAUGACCUGGAAGGUUCUAUCUACUCCAAUGAUGACGAUGGGAGCAGCGUGGGCAAGAAAAAACGAAAGAAGAUGCAAGAACAUGCAACAGGAGGCCCUCCGCCUUUUGAGCGAGGCGGCAGUUAUGGUGUUGGAAUGUUUGGCAUCGGUGCCCGAUGA